CGUGUCCUGUUUUGGCGAAUGGAGAAAGAAUCUCCAUUUCUGAUUGGCGAUUGCUCUUCUGGUUCAGAGUCAGCCACCAUGGCCAAAAGUCCGGCCACAGAAAUCGUCACUCUCUAAAACCUUAAUUUUAAUUUAAUUUCUCCCAUUUCUUCCUUUUAAAUUAUAAGUUUCUUCCCUCUCGAUUGUCCGACAAAAGCUUCUUACAGAGAUUCCAAUGUCGUCCUCGUUUUCUGUUUCCAUGUUACUCAGAACAGAGCUCUUCAACUCCGGAGCCAACUCCAACAGGCUCAGUAUUGCCCCCUCAAGAACUUUUCAUUACAAAGGAAGCAAAUGUGAAAUGAGUAGAAGAGGUUUUGCUCUCAAAGGAAUAGUGGCUUCUGGGGUUUCAGUCGUGGCUUCUUCCUUGGCAGCUCAGCCGGCUCAAGGUGUUGAAAGAUUGGUUUUCAAACCGGAUGGCUAUAAUUUUUGGACAUGGCGUGGUCACAAAAUCCAUUAUGUUGUACAAGGAGAAGGCUCUCCGGUUGUUCUUAUUCACGGUUUUGGUGCUUCUGCAUUUCAUUGGAGGUAUAAUAUUCCAGAAUUGGCCAAAAGGCACAAGGUUUAUGCCAUAGACUUGCUGGGAUUUGGGUGGAGUGAUAAAGCAAUUAUUGAGUAUGAUGCCAUGGUCUGGAGAGAUCAAGUGGUGGAUUUCUUGAAGGAGAUAGUGAAAGAACCAGCGGUUUUAGUUGGAAACAGCCUUGGAGGAUUUACUGCUUUGGUUUCAGCAAUUGGGUUGCCUGAGCAAGUUGUCGGAGUCGCAUUGCUAAAUUCUGCAGGACAAUUUGGAGAUCCAAACAACAAAACUAGCAAGCCUGACGAAUCAACAUUACAAAAAGUUCUCUUGAAGCCACUUGAGGAAGUUUUCCGGCGUUUAGUGCUUGGAUUUCUGUUCUGGCAAUCAAAGCAGCCAGCUCGAAUAGAAUCUGUCUUAAAAAGUGUGUAUAUAAACACUUCCAAUGUGGAUGACUAUCUUGUGGAAUCUAUAACCAUACCAGCAGCUGACCCCAAUGCUGGAGAAGUUUAUUACAGAUUGAUGAGCAGGUUCAUGUUAAAUCAGACCCAAUACACUCUAGACAGUGUCUUGAGCAAGAUGUCUUGCCCACUUUUGUUGCUGUGGGGUGAUUUGGACCCAUGGGUUGGCCCUGCCAAGGCUAAGAGGAUCAAAGAGUUUUACCCGAAUACGUCUCUGGUAAAUUUCCAGGCCGGGCACUGCCCACACGAUGAAGUCCCGGAGCUUGUUAACAAGGCUUUACUAGACUGGUUGUCAACUCUACCCACACAAGUCUCUCUCCAAACAGUUUGAACAUUCCAAAAAUUAUGAAAUUUAGCCGCAACAAUCCUUACAUUUUUCUAAGCAUGUCUGUAAAA